AUCCAUAGAAGAAAGUGGCUAAAACUUAUUUUCAUUUUAUAAAUAUUAUUUAGUGUUUUUUCUACGAUAUUUGUGCAACGAGUAAAGCAAUUUAAGUCUAAAAAAUAUUUGUAAAUAAAUUAAAAUUAUAUAAUAAAGAGUGCAUAUGUAUAAAUACUAUAACUCUUUCACUCUUCAACCACCCACACACACACAAAAAUCAUUUCAAAUCAUUCAACAGGGUGGCAACGCCCUACAAUAAGGGGUUAUUGAUUUUUCCACCAAGCGCCACGCUGCAGCUGUUUGUUGGAUUCUGCGCUUUGCUGCCUUGGGGUGGAUGGAUUGGAGUUUGGAGCAGUACACAGAGAGAGAGAUAGUAAAAUUUGUUUGUGUUUGUCAUCGCGUGCUGUAUUUUUUUUAUAACAAAAUAUUUAGAACAAACCAAAACAUAGUUUAAGUCGUUGAAGCAUGGAGGACAGCGGCAUAGAUAGUGAGGAUAGGCAGUCGAAUAUAUAUGAGGAUGGCGCAGCGGGUUUGCUGAAAACCGCCAGUGGAGCGCCCAAACAUAUGUCGGAUCUGGAGUUUGAGGUGGCAUUUAGGGGUGCCAGCAAGGUAUAUGCGCCGACGACCAUUGAAAUCGAUGAAGAUAGGGCUGGCCGAGGGACGGAGCGCAACGAGCCGCCAAACACCUGCCGCAUACUGCAACGAAAACUAGAACUGAAGGUCGAGCGUGCCAGGCGCAAUUAUACACAGUUUCAAGAGGAGCAGGCAACUAAAACACAAGCGGCAACACUCAUACCUAUCAAUCGUUUGCCCAUUCCGGGCGAGCAGGAGCAGAAGCCGCUGGUCGAUUAUAAGUCUGAGAGCAGUGACGAGGCGGAGGAGAUAUCCUUCUUUCCGGCACAGCUGAGGCGGGCCAAACGACGGCAGCAGAAUCCCGAACUAACCGACACUUUUAGCAUACAGGAGAUGACCAUCGAGUCGGAUCUGGACUCCGAUGACAGCGGCGGCACUCAGAAUCUCGAACUACUCUUGCCCUCCAUGAAAUCAAAUAUUUUGGAUAAGUUGAAGAGCUGCUUUGGCUGCUGCCGGCGCAGGUAAUGCCAGGAGACGCGGCACAGCAAGGGACGGUAUAGGCACAAAACACGUUAUUGAAAGGCACUAGAAUUCACUUGUAGACACAAUAUACACAUAGCGUACAUAAACGAUUGCCAAUACAG